UUUUUUUAUUUUUUUUAUUUUUUAUUUUUUUUUUAUUUAUUUAAAUAAUAAAGUUAUGUCUGAUAAUAGUCAAGACCGUCUUCAAGAAUAUCUCGACUUUGCAAUUCAAUUAGCAAAGGAUGCUGGUGCUUUGAUUAAAGCGGCUGUCGAUUCCCGAAUGGCAGGUUCUGGUUCGAACAUUGAAUUGAAAAAGGAGAAUCCAACUGAUCUUGUAACUGAAACUGAUAAGGCAGUGGAGGAAUUUAUUAAAGAACGUCUCUAUAAGACAUAUCCUGAGCACAAAUUCAUUGGCGAAGAAACCUUUGCAAGUGGUGCCAAAACAGAAUUCACUAACGAUCCAACUUGGAUUGUAGACCCAAUUGAUGGCACAACCAAUUUUAUUCAUGGAUAUCCAUUUGUUGCAGUUUCAAUUGGACUCACACUAAACAAGAUUCCCACUAUCGGAGUUGUAUUUAAUCCAUUACUGAAUGAACUCUAUUCUGCUGCAAGAGGUCAAGGUGCUUACCUAAAUCAAACUCAGAGGCUACCCCUCUUUCAUCCUCCACAACCCUUGACAGACCUGUCACAUUGUCUGAUUGCUACUGAAGCAGGCUCAGACCGUUCAAAGCAAGUCAUUGAUGCCAAAAUAGCCGCUAUUCAUGAUAUGCUUCGUAAAAGAUCAAAGGAAAGCCCUUAUGCUGCUGAAGCACAUAGUAUCCGUACUACAGGCUCUGCGGCCCUUAAUUUGUGUAAUGUGGCUAAGGGCAUCAUUGAUGUUUACUGGGAGGUAGGCUGUUGGGAAUGGGAUGUAGCAGCUGCUAUUGUGAUUGUUCAAGAAUCUGGAGGUAUUGUCAUAGAAGGUGAUAAUGAUAAGUUAAAUAAUGAACCUGUGAAUAUCUUUUGUCGCAAGUAUUUGGCUAUUCGUGCUGCUUCUGAUAAUAAAAGUCAGUUAGAGAUUGCAUCUCAGAUGAAGAAUUUGAUUCCUAACAUUAGCGCUCCUCGUCCUCCUGUUCCUGGUGGUUAUAGUUACUAAUUUAUAUAUAUGCAUAUAUAUGGAAAUAUAGAAAUAUAUAUGUAUAUACUGUAUCAUUAGAGUAUAGACUUAUUUUACUUUUGUGUAUUUGUUUAUUCUUUUUAUUAAAUAAAUAAAGAAUUUAAUUAUAAAA